AGCUCGGGGAUUAAUGGGAAAAGUUUUGGCAGGAGCCGGAGGAUUCUGCGGAGCCUGCGGGACGGCUGCGCUGGCGCGGGAGGCGCCCGGGACGGUGUGGCUUGGCAUUUUGGGUAUGUGUAUAGUAUUCACACAGCGGCUUCUGCUCACCAACAGAUGAAGACAGAUGUGCCAAAGAGGCUGACGGGAAUUGCCCUGUAGAGGUCCAUCUGCAUUCAGACCCAGAUGAUGCCAGAACUAUGACCCGGCCUGCAGGUGUGGCGCCCAGGGGAGAUCAGCCAUGGAGCAGCCCCCAGAGGAGACCCCUGAGGUUCGGGAAAAGGAGGAGAAAGAGGAAGUGGCAGAGGCAGAAGGAGCCCAAGAGCCCAGUGGGGGACCAGAGCAGGUGCUUCCUUCCAGCAGCUAUGCAGACCUACCCCAGAGCUCCUCGCCACCUGUGUUGCUGGACCAGCUACAGAUGGGCUGUGAUGGUGCCUCAUGCGGCAGCCUCAACAUGGAGUGCCGGGUGUGCGGAGACAAGGCGUCAGGCUUCCACUACGGCGUCCAUGCAUGCGAGGGCUGCAAGGGCUUCUUCCGCCGGACGAUCCGCAUGAAGCUGGAGUAUGAGAAGUGCGAUCGGAGCUGCAAGAUCCAGAAGAAGAACCGCAACAAGUGCCAGCACUGCCGCUUCCAGAAGUGCCUGGCACUGGGCAUGUCGCACAACGCCAUCCGCUUUGGUCGGAUGCCAGAAGCUGAGAAGAGGAAGCUGGUGGCCGGCCUGACAGCAGUCGAGGGCCACCAGCACAGCCCGCAGGUGGCAGACCUGAAGGCCUUCUCUAAGCACAUCUACAAUGCCUACCUAAAAAACUUCAAUAUGACCAAAAAGAAGGCCCGCGGCAUCCUCACUGGCAAGGCCAGCCACACGGCGCCCUUUGUGAUCCACGACAUCGAGACGUUGUGGCAGGCGGAGAAGGGCCUGGUGUGGAAGCAGCUGGUGAACGCCCUCCCACCCUACAAGGAGAUCAGCGUGCACGUCUUCUACCGCUGUCAGUGCACCACAGUGGAGACGGUGCGGGAGCUCACGGAAUUCGCCAAGAGCAUCCCCAACUUCAGCAACCUCUUCCUCAACGACCAGGUGACCCUUCUGAAGUACGGUGUGCACGAGGCCAUCUUCGCCAUGCUGGCCUCGAUCGUGAACAAAGACGGGCUGCUGGUGGCCAACGGCAGUGGUUUUGUCACCCGGGAGUUCCUGCGCAGCCUCCGCAAACCGUUCAGCGAUAUCAUCGAGCCCAAGUUUGAGUUCGCUGUCAAGUUCAAUGCCCUGGAACUUGAUGACAGUGACCUGGCCCUGUUCAUCGCUGCCAUCAUUCUGUGUGGAGACCGGCCAGGCCUCAUGAAUGUGCCGCAGGUAGAAGCCAUCCAGGACACCAUCCUGCGUGCCCUGGAAUUCCACCUGCAGGCCAACCACCCCGAUGCCCAGUACCUCUUCCCCAAGCUGCUGCAAAAGAUGGCGGACUUGCGGCAGCUGGUCACCGAGCAUGCGCAGAUGAUGCAGCGCAUUAAGAAGACCGAGACCGAGACGUCGCUGCACCCCCUGCUCCAGGAGAUCUACAAGGACAUGUACUGAGAGGCUGGCCCCUCGGGGCCGCCCACCAUGUGGUCCAGCUGCCAGCACGCGGCUCUCACCUCCAUGCCCCAGCUCACCCAGCUCUCCUCGCUCUGCUCCCAACCCCUGUGGUCUCUCUCUUCCUCACUCCCUCUGUCUUGGCUCAGGUUCCUGCUCUUUUUUUUUUUUUUCAAUGCCUUUCUUUAGGGUCCCUUCCUGGCUUCCUUCCCACCCUCACCCAGCCCAGACCCCCGUUGUCUCCACCCCCAUAAUGUCCUCUUUCUCUUCCCCCCAC